GCAUAGGAAGUAAUAUUUGCAGUCAGAUGGGUUUUUUUUGUAGAGUGUUGUAACGUGAGGUAAGGUCAAACAGAAGCUGUUUGAAUCAGCUAAUUCAGGUUUUUAAAGUAAGCCAGUGUGUGGAGCGGUGUUUUAUGGCUCUUUAUUCGCUAACUUUACUUCGACUGACGGAAAUAAAAGCGGAAACGUUUAAACUCAGUUAGAAAACCAACACAGUCAAACAGGUGAGCUAACUCUGCUUCAUUAACCACCAGUUCAUCUGAUGUGUCAGGUUUUUAUUGAUUAUGUUUGCAGCUUAUAUCAUUGGUUUGCACCCACACAUUUAGCUGUGUAUUUGUAUUUUCAUAAUAUCUGCAGCUGAAUAAUUAAUCUGAGACUAAGUUUGAGAGUCUAAACUGUUGAAAGAACUGAAGGGAGAUUUUAGUCAGACUGGAAGAAGCUGGUUUGUAUGAGUCCCACAUACAGAGGCACAGCAUUUACUGAUUCGACUUCCAUCCCAUAUUAUACAAAUUAUUAGGUAUACAUAGUGUGCAUUAUUAUGUGAUAUUUGUGGUAUCAGCUAAACUGAGUUUGUUAUUUCCUCUGACAGUCAGACGUCAGAUCCUCCCUCCAUCCAUCCAUCAUCAGUACAACACCUGGAAACCUCAGGACACUUCCUAGCCAAUCAGAGUUCUUCCUACUCCUCUGCUGGACAAGCAUGAGAUGUUUUGCCAAUUUGUGAAAUCCCAGUUAAAAAAUAAAAUUAACAGCAUUGUGGUGUGUUUAGGGUCCUGCUGGUUCAGUCUGUACUCCUAGCUUCUCCUGUGACUCAUUCAGGAUUUAUAAAAGCUGCAGUGUCCUUUUCAGAGGCAUAAUUUAAGUCUUCCUUUUUAAAGUUUUUAACUUUAAAGCACAGACUCUGUCCACAGCUGUGUCUAGUAGACAUUAGAGGAACUGCAUGUAAAGGUAGACUCAGUUUUUCCUGUUGAAGAGGAGUGAGUUGGGGCUGCGUUUGGGAGAUGGUGCGGCACAGUAAACUGCAGAAGCAGGUUCUGGCUCUGUACCGUCAGUUCCUCCGGGCUGGUCAGGACAAACCUGGCUUCAUCCCUCGAAUCCGUGAUGAGUUUAAACAGCAUGCUCAAAUCAAGAAGACAGACGUGAUGCACAUCGAGUAUCUGUACCGACGAGGACAGAGGCAGCUGGAGCAGCUGAAGGACGUCAACACCAAACAGCUGGGCUCCUUCUCCAAAUCUGGAGAGAAGAGCUGACCCCUGAACUCUGAGGACAUCAUGGGAUCACCAACAGACCCACAGAUUGGCCUACCUCUCAAAGACUCUGCUGCUGAUGCUGAGGUGCUGUGUUCAAGUCCAGCUGGAGAAUAGAUGCACAGUGUGAAGAAAACUGAUGAGCUCAACUUAAAGAAAUGUGUCAUAUUAGCCGUUACACAGAAAAUGUUCACUUUCAUGUUUAAUAAGAAUAAAUAACCUGCAACAAACCCAG